CCCUAGUGCAGUACCUAGUGCAGUAUACCGAGAACUGGAAGCACAACUUACGACGAAAUUGUUUCCCUUCUCCCCCUAGUGCCAUCCACUGAACAUUUAUAUAAUGGCAGAGGUAUCGUCCUGGCGUUCUUAUGGAAAUAUAUCGAUAUUCUAUGUAUCCGCUGGGUUUGAAGAAGCUGAUUGUUCCAUGCCGUCAGUUACAGGCAUUUCUUCAAGACUUAUUGGAGAGUACGGAUCACCUGAAAGCGGUGCUUGUUACCGAUAAGGACGGGGUGAUACUGGCGAAAGCGACUGGCCCAGAUCUUCCAGAUCAUGUACUUGAGCCGGCCUUUUCUGCCACUUUUUCGGUUGCCAGUGACCAGUCGGGCAAACUUGGAUUUGGGAGAAACAAGAUGAUCAUGAGCACAUUUGAUGAAGACCAAGUUGUGCAAUUCAACUACUCGCCGUUAAUAUUGACGCUGCUGGCAUCUUCCAAGGCGAAUUCGGGUGUACUAAUAGCCGCGGGGAAGGACCUUGAGGAACCUAUAAAAAUUGUUGGCGAGUCUGUGUCGAAGGCAAUACAACAUGAACAUAAGGCUAAAGAGUAUGUGUAA